AUGUUCAUCCAUGCAUCGCAGCGAGAGUGCACACUGCCACAGCCAGCACGCGCGUGUUGUGAGAGGCGCCAACAAGACAGGAAAAGACAGAAGUGGUCGCAGCAGCCGCAGCCCGCCGAGAGACCGAACGCGAGGCAACAUCAUCAUGUCGGCGCCGCCGCCACCACCGCCUCCCCGGCGUGGGCCACCGCCGCUCCCUGGGUCAGCACCCCCGCCACUCCCAGGUUCAGCACCACCGCCGCCACCCGUCCCGUCUGCUGCCCCCCCGCCGAUCCCCGGCUCCGCUCCUCCGUCCAUCCCCGCCGCAGCGCCGCCACCGGUGCCGUCUUACGGCCCCCCGCGGACGGGGGUGUCCCCGCCGCCGCCGCCGGUUCCAAGCCGGGGCCCCCCUGCCGUGCCGGGAUCCUCGCCGCCGCCCGUGCCGAUGAGCGCGCCCCCGCCGGUCCCUGGCGGCGCCCGGCCGAUGCUGGCGCACUCGAUGCCGGCGGCGCGGGGGCCGUCGCUGAUACCGAGCCCCUCGCCGCCGCCCCCCCCGGUGCCAUCUGCCUACCAGCCCCCCGCCCCGCCGGCGGUGCCAAGCUAUCAACCACCGCCCCCCCCGGCGGUCCCGAGGUCCCAGCCGCCGGCCCCGCCCCCGGCGGUGCCGAGCUACCAGCCCCCUGCACCGCCGGCUGUGCCGAGGUCCCAGCCGCCGCCGCCGCCGCCACAGGUAGUGCCGAGCUACCAGCCCCCUGCCCCGCCGGCUGCGCCGAGGUCCCAGCCGCCGCCGCCGCCGCCGGUACGCCCGCCGCAAGCCAGGGAGGGUACCAGCCGCCGCCCCCUGUCCCCUCCGCCUCGAGCUACCAGUACAACCCCCCAGCCCCAGCAGCUCCCACGGGAGAUUACCAGCCCCCGCCUCCGCCGACACCGGCAGCAGCGAGAUCGCCUCCCCCGCCCCCGACCUCAUCAUCGUACGGGUAUCAACCCCCGGCACCGGCGGCGACGUCUCCCCCAUCGUCGGGAUACCAGCCCCCUGCCCCGGCGAUCCCGUCCUACACGCCGGCCGCGCACAUCCCGCCGGCCGCGCCCACAGUGGCGCUCCGGAAAGUAACUCCCGUGGCCCAGCCCCCGCCCCCGCCGUCAUCACAGCCUGCCGCGGAGCCCUACACGGGGCUGCGGUCUACCUUCAGCUCGUCGCCGCCGGCGCCGGCGCCGGCCGCGACGUACCAGCCGCCCGCCGCAGCGCAGUACGGCGGGGGAGGGGGAGGGUACAACCCUCCCGUGGCUGCACCGGCACCGGCUGCGUUGGCGCCGGUGCAGCAGUACAGGAGCGCCUCACCGCCGUCCUCGCAGCAGGGGUACUCGCCGCCCCCGCCUGCUGCCGCCUCGGGGGGGGGUUACCAGCCCCCUGCGGUCGGAGGAGCGGGCGCGGGUGCACCGAGCAAGGUGCCGGGCGCGGUGUCUGACCCUGCGGCUAUGGGCGAGGUGCAGCAACGAGAGACGGCUGUGCGGGGGAUGCUGCACAGAGACCCCGGCGGGGCGCUUCGGAGAUCGCUCGAGGACCCGCCUGUCUUCUGCAAGGACGAAGCCGUCAAGGCGAAGAGCAUGGAGUGCGUGUUGAUGGUGCUGACGGGGGUCCGCGAGGACCAGAUCGAGAACUGCCUGGCCGGUCUCUCCUUGGACGAGAUGGACGUCCUCGUCAAGUACGUCUACAAGGGCCUGGGGAUGCCCCGCAACAACGGGCCGCUGUUCAAAUGGCACGCAAAGGUGCUAGAGAAGGGGGGACCCGGAUGCGUGAUGCGCACGCUCGUUUCCCGGCAAACGGUGUGAUAUGUUCACACGUCAGGGCCCCAUCGUGAAGUGCUCGGGCUUGUAGUGACCUCGUUGGAUGCCCCUUGACGGUCUCAGCGAGCAAGCCCGGGAAUAUUGCAAAGGGGAAAGGGAAAAGGGCAAUUGAGAGGAGAAAGAGUAGAGAGGUUGGUGGUGGCCGUUGCAUGCCUAUUGUAGUUCGCGAUGGCUAUUCGGUUGUGGAUGUGUUGUUGUGGCCGUUGCUGUCUACACGCUGCGCACCGUUUGAUGGGGCGCGGGCAGAGGUUAACAGGGAUCUUUCGCAUAGCGGUUUGUUCCGCUUUUGGAAACGUGUGUGGAAAGCCUCACGCGUUGUCGAAGAGCUUUUUCUCUCAACAAAUGACAACUACGCAUACCGGGCACAAGAUAACACACCCCCU